CGAUUACGACAUCCGAUAUCCCUCCUAACGCCUCGAAUGCAACGGAGGAGCGGACCGACACAUACGGCUUUCAGUGUCAACACUGCAAGGCGUGGGUCGUCUAUGAAAGCGACCUUCCCUUGCACUACUCGGGUCCGUGGGCCACCCCAAAUGCCCUUUUUGCAAGGUCGGGUUCAAGGAUCGGCCAUCGCUCGAAUCGCAUGUAACAUCGGACCAUGGUGACACUGGUUGCAAACGAUGCUACCAAAUAUUCAAUUCAGCGGAGGAACUGCGAAUUCAUCAUGAAACCGUGCCCUCGCACGCCUCUAUCGAUAUCGCGUCUAGACCUCGACAGGCAGUAUUCCCCAGUUUCCGAACGUGUGCAAGAAUCGAACGCACCGUACGUACACAAGGAACGAGGCUCGGACAACGGCGGGCUCGAAGCCGAUGGACUAUCUGAGCACGAAGAUGAAGCACCGCAUACGUCGCCACCGCCACUCAUCGCGGAGGUUUGUUCUGCGACCGUGGUUGAGCACCCCAUCGUCCCGCCCGCGCCACAGAGCAUCUCGUGGCAUUGCAGGAUCUGCACGCGGGACCCCUGUGAUGAGCCUACCGCGACGAUCUGUGGGCAUGUAUUCUGUUAUCAGUGCAUUAUCCGUGAGAUAUCGGAGAAAAUGCAUUGUCCUGUUUGCGGUCGACUGUUUCUGCUGAGGUUGCACGCUACGAUCUGAGUAGCGUAUCUCGAGGUUAGGGCCGCCAGUAGCGCGGAUGCAGUUUGUUGAGGCCACUACGCACUGGUACUUGCAAAUUCAGAUACUUGGCGUUUGACGAGCCAAAUACGAGUCGUAGCGAUCAUAUGCAGUACUAGGUUUUCGUGUAUGCAUACAAGUGAUAAGUUUAGUUGUCAAUGUAUAUGAUGAGGAGCUCGACCCUGAGAGCGAUCCACUGAGCACUUUGGCAUUCG